GGCCCCGGGCCCUCCGGUUCCCAGCGCGGCCCGGCGUCGCGGCCCCGUGUCCCGGCCCCGGCAAGAUGACGCUCAAGGCGAGCGAGGGCGACGCGGGCGGCGGCAUGCGCACGGCGCUCUCCGACCUGUACCUGGAGCACUUGCUGCAGAAGCUCAGCCGGCCGGAGGCUGUGUCGCAUCAGUUGAAUGCUGUCACUGAGGACAUGUACACCAAUGGGUCUGCUGCCCCAGGUAGUCCUGCCCAGGGCAAGGGGCAGGAGGUGCGGAAAGUGCGAGUCAUACAGUUUGAGAAGGUCACAGAGGAGCCCAUGGGAAUCACUCUGAAGCUGAAUGAAAAACAGUCCUGUACAGUGGUCAGAAUUCUUCAUGGCGGCAUGAUUCAUAGACAAGGCUCCCUUCACGUAGGUGAUGAGAUCCUAGAAAUCAAUUGCACAAAUGUGACUAAUCACUCAGUAGAUCAGCUGCAGAAGGCAAUGAAAGAAACCAAAGGAAUGAUUUCAUUAAAAGUGAUUCCCAACCAACAAAGUCGUCUUCCUGCACUGCAGAUGUUCGUGAGAGCACAGUUUGACUAUGAUCCCAAAAAGGACAAUCUGAUCCCUUGCAAGGAGGCGGGACUGAAGUUUGUCACUGGGGACAUCAUCCAGAUCAUCAACAAGGAUGACAGCAACUGGUGGCAGGGGCGGGUGGAAGGCUCCUGCAAGGAGUCAGCAGGACUGAUCCCUUCCCCGGAGCUGCAGGAAUGGAGAGUGGCAAGUGCGGCUCAGUCUGCCCCGAGCGAAGCCCCGAGCUUCAGCCCCUUUGGGAGGAAGAAGAAAUGCAAAGACAAGUACCUGGCCAAGCACAGCUCAAUCUUUGACCAGUUGGAUGUUGUUUCCUACGAGGAAGUUGUUCGACUCCCUGCGUUCAAGAGGAAGACCCUGGUGCUGAUCGGUAUCUUCUCAUCGCCCCCUGCUGCUGUGCUAAUUAAAGAGCACAUUUCUGUCCUUAUUUCCUGCCUGCAUUCUGUACUGAUCCCCCAGAAAAGGCGGGAGCACUGCGGCACAGGCAGGGCCCAGAGGCGAGGGCGCGCGCGGGUUGCUCGCACCUUCCCUGGACGGCCAUUUGGAGGCCCGCGCCCGCUCCCUCGGGGUCGGCUGCAGGGCAGUGGCGUCACCAGUGUGCGCCGCACGAGCCUGCUGCCGACCGAUGAGGGGCCGGCGCGGUCACUAGGACAGGAGUGCGCGCAUGUCGAGAGGCGUCCAGUCGGGCCAGACCCCCCGAUCCGGAAAUGUGGCGUCCAAGGCCCCGCGUGCCGAGCAGGAGGAGGAGCCGUUGAGGAACGUUCCAGCCCGAGCGGAGCUGACGCUCUCCGUGACCCACCUGGAGCGCCGCCUGCGCACGCCCACCUGCAGGAGGCCACUAGGCCCAGCGCCCGAGUUCGUGCGUGCAGGUACUCCUCGGUGACAUCGGCGAGUCCCUGCCGGCCACGUUCGUGGAGCUGGCGGGAGACGAGGCCAUCACCCCGGAGCAGCUGGAGGACGGGGCCGUGCACGACGACGCCCUGCUCGGCCGCUUCUUCAUGGCUACAGCCGUCUCAGGUGGCCCCGGCCUGGGAGUAG